UGGGCUGGAAAGGACCUGUCAUGAUGAACGUGUGUGUCUUUUCACUUCUCCUGGGAUCCCUCUUUAUCCUUGGCCAUUGUGUUUUUCCUCCCGGUUCAUGUGAUGGAUAUCAAAACAUAACUCAGCCAUGGCGCAACAAAGCAUUUACAUCAACUUCCUUUACCGGCUACCCCAAGGAUGAUGGGCAUCUUGUUGGGUCAUGGUGGCGCUUCACAGGGAUUGGUGGAGACAGAAUCAUUUCAAGCUGCAUUAGGUCCAGUCUGGGUGGUUCCUAUUAUCCCAUCUAUGUUCCAUCUUCACAUCCAACAGUUGAAUCUGUAACUCCAACAACAGGGACUGCAUAUAUCUAUUAUAAAUAUAUAUAUAGUUAUAAUUAUUAUAGUUUGUGCGGUAGUUACGGUCGUACAGUGAGCAUGGCUCUCUGUCCUGGAGGAUUCUAUGUAUACAAACCAGAACGUCACCCAGUCGCCCAUUCGGCUUAUGCAACCUAUCAUUAUGAUUGUAAACCAGACUCCUGUGGACCACUUGCUCAGUGUAACACUGAUGGAGGCUGCGUUUGUGUUUCUGGGUAUGAAAUCCCACCAGCACACCUACCCACAGGGGAUUCAUAUGGUUGUCUUGACAUUGAUGAGUGUCAAAAGGCUUCAGAAACCUGUGGUCCUUAUUCCAGUUGUAACAACACUGUUGGAUCAUACAACUGCACGUGUCUGAUUGGAUUCAAUGCAACGAAUCCAGCAUUACCAACUGAACAUUCGAACCCAUGCAACGAUAUUGAUGAGUGUCUUGACAAUGUCUGUGGUGAUGAUGGGACGUGUGACAACAAACCAGGAAGUUACGCAUGUGAAUGCCAUGAAGGCUACCAGAUAGUACCCGACGCAACUCCUGUUUGCCAAGAUAUUGAUGAAUGUUUCAACUCCACUGUCUGUGGCCCUGACUCUGUUUGCACCAACACACCUGGAGCUCACACCUGUGCAUGUGAAGUGGGGUACACACCAACUCAACCAGACCAGGAACCCAGCGAGAACAACAUCUGCCUUGAUAUUGAUGAGUGUGUGAAAGAUCCUGCCAUCUGUGGUCCUAGUUCCAACUGCACAAACUCAAUUGGGUCUUACAACUGUACUUGCUUCAUUGGUUAUCGACUGAACAACCCAGAUGUGAUAGCCAGCUUGGCUAACCCAUGCACAGAUAUAGAUGAGUGCAGUGAGACACCUGGUUUAUGUGGUAAACAAACUGUGUGUACUAAUGAACCAGGGACAUACUAUUGUUCUUGUCUGGAUGGAUUUUAUCCUUCAACAGGAAUCUUGUGGAAGAUGGGUGUCUCAUUUUGUCAAAGUCUUCAAGAUAUUCUAGAUGCAAUUGUACCACCAGAGGGUCAGACAAAAGAGAGAGCAUUUCUAUGCAAUAUGGAUCAACAACUUAAGAACAACACUGGUGUCGUCUUACCUGAAGCUACAGUGGCCAAUAGCUUUUCUGCAUCUAUGGAAGUGUCUGGUGUUGGACCAAUGGCCAGGUCAAUCAGAGUUAGUAGUGAAAGAGACGGGGAGACUGGCAGUGUGAUUCUGGGCAUCUCAGACCUUCUGGUUACUGCAAUGGUGUCUCCAACUCAGAACCAAACCAGAAAAGCAGUGCAGACUUCUACAGUGGAUUUGAGUCUACGUACCAUGGGUCCUGGGAGUCAUGAUGACAUCAGUGUUGUCCUGUCUGCCAAAGGACAGACCAUGGAUAUCAACUUGCAGUCUCUGGCUGAAAAGAACAAUGGUUCAGCAGCUGUUGCCUUCAUGACACUGACUGGGAUGGAGAGUCUUCUCAGUCAUCAGUACUUUAAAACAGAAAACAAGACGGAGAUGUACUCGGACGUAUUCACAGCUAUAUUACCCUCAGUAAACCACACCAACCUCACUGAGCCUGUCAACUUCACCAUCCAACACAAGAAGAAAGUCCCUGAAUCUGGAAUAGUGACUUGUGUGUAUUGGGAAGAUAAACAUGAGAACAAUAAUGAGGCAGGAAAAGAGGGAGAGACGAUGCGUUGGUCAGUGGAGGGAUGUUGGGUUGCAUACUCUGAUGAAAACUACACAGUGUGCAGCUGCUCUCACCUUUCUACCUUCGCUCUCAUCAUGCAAAUUGGAGAGCCUCCACCGCAGGAUUUUUUCUUAAUUUGGCUGAACCGAAUAUGUGUGAUUGUCGGACUUUUCUUCUUUGCUUUGGCCAUCCUCACCUUCCUACUGUGUAGCUGGAACCCCAAGAUCAACAACACAGCCCGUCUUCAUCUCUGCCUCAACCUCGCCUUGUCUCAUCUGCUGCUGCUGUGGAAUGACAAAUAUGUUGAACAUGAGCUGGCCUGCACUGUUUUUGCAGGGUUACUCCACUUCUUAGUUACUGCAAGUUUUGUGUGGAUGCAGCUUGAAGCCCUACAGCUUUACCUGCUGGUCCGAAGGCUCUCCAAGGUGCAGGUGAUCCAGAGAGAUGGCCUCCCCAAGCCGCUUCUCUACCUGGUUGGCUACGGUAUUCCAUUUGUGAUUGUGGGUGUUUCUGCACUGGUGUACUCUGAUGGAUAUGGUGUCACUGAGGCAGGGAAGUUGAUUUUGUUCAAGAUCCUGGCCCAGUUUGUCAUACUGGGCUGUACUUGGAUUCUAGGCCUGUACCAAACAAACCUUUCCUUCCAGGUCCUCUUCAUUUUCCUCAAUUCCCAGCAGGGAACCUUCCUUUUCAUUGUACACUGUCUGCUCAACAAGGAGGUGAGAGAAGAGUACAAAAGAUGGCUGACAUGCUCUUGUGGAGAGGAUCGCACUGUGUGUAACACUGAUGGAGGCUGCGUUUGUGUUUCUGGUUAUGAAAUCCCACCAACACACCUACCCACAGGGGAUUCAUAUGGUUGUGUUGACAUUGAUGAGUGUCAAGAGGCUUCAAAAAACUGUGGUCCUUAUUCCAGUUGUAACAACACUGUUGGAUCAUACAACUGCACGUGUCUGAUUGGAUUCAACCCAACAAAUCCAGCAUUACCAACUGAACAUUCGAACCCAUGCAACGAUAUUGAUGAGUGUCUUGACAAUGUCUGUGGUGAUGAUGGGACGUGUGACAACAAACCAGGAAGUUACGCAUGUGAAUGCCAUGAUGGCUACCAGAUAGUACCCGACGCAACUCCUGUUUGCCAAGAUAUUGAUGAAUGUUUCAACUCCACUGUCUGUGGCCCUGACUCUGUUUGCACCAACACACCUGGAGCUCACACCUGUGCAUGUGAAGUGGGGUACACACCAACUCAACCAGACCAGGAACCCAGCGAGAACAACAUCUGCCUUGAUAUUGAUGAGUGUGUGAAAGAUCCUGCCAUCUGUGGUCCUAGUUCCAACUGCACAAACUCAAUUGGGUCUUACAACUGUACUUGCUUCAUUGGUUAUCGACUGAACAACCCAGAUGUGAUAGCCAGCUUGGCUAACCCAUGCACAGAUAUAGAUGAGUGCAGUGAGACACCUGGUUUAUGUGGUAAACAAACUGUGUGUACUAAUGAACCAGGGACAUUCUGUUGUUCUUGUCCGGAUGGAUUUUUUCCUUCAACAGGAAUAUUGUGGAAGAUGGGUGUCUCAUUUUGUCAAAGUCUUCAAGAUAUUCUAGAUGCAAUUGUACCACCAGAGGGUCAGACAAAAGAGAGAGCAUUUCUUGGCAAUAUGGAUCAACAACUUAAGAACAACACUGGUGUCGUCUUACCUGAAGCUACAGUGGCCAAUAGCUUGUCUGCAUCUAUGGAAGUGUCCGGUGUUGGACCAGUGGCCAGGUCAGUCAGAGUUAGUAGUGAAGGAGACGGGGAGACUGGCAGUGUGAUUCUGGGCAUCUCAGACCGUCUGGUUGCUGCAAUGGUGUCUCCAACUCAGAACCAAACCAGAAAAGCAGUGCAGACUUCUACAGUGGAUUUGAGUCUACGUACCAUGGGUCCUGGGAAUCAUGAUGACAUGAGUGUCCUCUUGUCUGCCAAAGGACAGACCAUGGAUAUCAACUUGCAGUCUCUGGCUGAAAAGAACAAUGGUUCAGCAGCUGUUGCCUUCAUGACACUGACUGGGAUGGAGAGUCUUCUCAGUCAUCAGUACUUUAAAACAGAAAACAAGACAGAGAUGAACUCGGACGUUUUCACCGCAAUAUUACCCUCAGUAAACCACACCAACCUCACUGAGCCUGUCAACUUCACCAUCCAACACAAGAAGAAAGUCCCUGAAUCUGGAAUAGUGACUUGUGUGUAUUGGGAAGAUAAACAUGAGAACAAUAAUGAGGCAGGAAAAGAGGGAGAGACGAUGCGUUGGUCAGUGGAGGGAUGUUGGGUUGCAUACUCUGAUGAAAACUACACAGUGUGCAGUUGCUCUCACCUUUCUACCUUCGCUCUCAUCAUGCAAAUUGGAGAGCCUCCACCACAGAGUUCUUUCUUAGACUGGCUGAGCCGAAUGUGUGCGAUUGUCGGACUUUUCUUCUUUGCUUUGGCCAUCCUCACCUUCCUCCUGUGUAGCUGGAACCCCAAGAUCAACAACACAGCCCGACUUCAUCUCUGCCUCAACCUCGCCUUGUCUCAUCUGCUGCUGCUGUGGAAUGACAGAUAUGUUGAACAUGAGCUGGCCUGCACUGUUAUAGCAGGGUUACUCCACUUCUUAGUUACUGCAAGUUUUGUGUGGAUGCAGCUUGAAGCCCUACAGCUUUACCUGCUGGUCCGAAGGCUCUCCAAGGUGCAGGUGAUCCAGAGAGAUGGCCUCCCCAAGCCGCUUCUCUACCUGAUUGGCUACGGUAUUCCAUUUGUGAUUGUGGGUAUUUCUGCACUGGUGUACUCUGAUGGAUAUGGUGCCACUGAGGCAGGGGUGUGCUGGCUUUCAAGACGUCGCAAUUUCAAUUGGGCUUUAACAGGCCCUGUGUUUGCUGUCAUUGGACUUAAUUGGACAGUGUUCUGCGCUACAUUAUGGAGUCUGAGACCCACCUUGGCCAACAUGAGAAGUGAUAUUUCUCAAUCCAAAGACACCAGGUUGAUUUUGUUCAAGAUCCUGGCCCAGUUUGUCAUACUGGGCUGUACCUGGAUUCUAGGCCUGUACCAGACAAACCUUUUCUUCCAGGUCCUCUUCAUUUUCCUCAAUUCCCAGCAGGGAACCUUCCUUUUCAUUGUACACUGUCUGCUCAACAAGGAGGUCAGAGAAGAGUACAAAAGAUGGUUGACAUGCUCUUGUGGAGAGGAUCGCACUGUGGAGAAAGAUGUACCUUCAGUCUCUGAAGACCUGGACAAGCCUGAGGCACAAACACAUCAGGGGAGAAAAAAUGAUGAAUAA